AUGGGCGAUCUGCAGACUUUGCGGAAGAAGCAGGAGAUCCUGCUGAACAAGCUGGAGGUGCUGAAUCAGUUCGUCGAGCACUACAAGGCGGAAGAACACGAGUGCCAGCUGGAAGUUCGACUCGGAAUGCUGAACGACGUGUAUCAGGAGUUCACGGAUCUACGGACGAAGCUGGAGUUGCUGCUGGAAGAAAAGGAUGCGGCCAAGUUUGCGGAUGCGGAGCCGAAGGUUAAGCAGGAGGUCGUGUCACAUCGUGAAGAGGCCAAUCUACAGGUGGUGCAGGAGUUCGACAACAAAUUCUGCAAGGUUAAGGCGAUGCUGAUUGCGAAGCGGCCGGUCAAGGACGUCGCGCAGACAGUUCCAAGUGUUGGUGAUGCGGAUACCUCGUUUCCGUUGCGCGUCAAGCUGCCUGACAUUCAUCUGCCGAACUUCAGCGGAAAUCUGCGCGAGUGGGUGACCUUCCGUGACACCUUCAAGAGUCUCAUCCACCGGAACUCGAAGCUGACAUCGAUGGACAAGUUCACCUACCUCCAAUCGUCUCUUUCUGGUCCUGCGUUGCUGGAGAUCAGUGGCAUCGACCUGUCGGAAGAAAACUACUCCGUCGCGUGGAACGCGCUGGAGGAGGAGUACGGAAACAAGAAGCUGAUCGUGAAGGCCCACCUCGAUGUCAUUCUGGAUCUGGAACCGCUGACCAAGGAGUCGUACGACGGUCUCAGCCACCUGCUCGGUGAGUUUGAGAAAAAUCUGCAGAUGUUGGACAAGAUGGGCGAAAAGACUGCCGACUGGAGUACGGUUAUGGCGCACGUCCUGUGCUCAAAGCUGGACUCGGCCACGCUUAGGAAUUGGGAGACCCACCACAACAGCAAGGAAGUCCCAACCUACAAGGCUCUACUGGAGUACCUGCGCGGCCACUGUUCGGUUCUUCAGUCGAUCAAACGAGCGAAAGCGAAACCGUCGGAACAGCGCCCUCCGAAAGCAGCAGUCUGUCACACUGCUGUGCGGAGCAGCAACCAGUGUCACUUUUGCAGCGGCCCGUGGCACACCCCGUUCCGGUGCUUCAAGUUCCAGAAGAUGACGAUCUCGGAGCGCAACGACGCUGUUUCGAGGAACAAGCUGUGCAGAAACUGCCUGAAGCCUGGACAUUACCCGCGGACGUGCGAAGGAGGAACUUGCCACCACUGUCACCAGAAACACCACUCGAUGCUGCACAACGAUCAGAUGAGAUCCUCCGUUCCACAACAGCAGUCGAGACCGACCGCGACGACCUCAGUACAGCGACAACAACCCAGACCACAGAACACGAAUCAGACAACACACACUCCAGCCAACAAUGCACCUGCUAAUCCGACUAACCUACAGACUACAGACUCUCAAGCCACACUGCCACAAACCGGUCCAGUGGACGUCAUUAUCGGUGCCGAGUUUUACAUGGACUUGCUGACGGACGAACGUGUGAAACCAGCUGCAGACGGUCCCACGCUGCACAACACGGUGUUCGGUUGGAUCAUUUCCGGCCGGCUUUCUGGCAGCGUUCCAGAAUCGACGUCUCUCGUAUCCGUCGCGGCAAUCAACGAGCUGCUGACCAGAUUUUGGGAACUGGAAACGUGCCGCACCAAAAGCACGCACUCGAUUGAAGAAUCCACGUGCGAGCAGCUGUUCGAGGAGACGACGGUUCGUGAUGAAACUGGCAGAUUUGUUGUGACGCUGCCCAAAAAGAAGUACGCUGUCCAGCGUCUCGGUGAGUCCAGAUCAACAGCCAUCAAACGCUUCCUGGGACUGGAGAAGCGGCUGUCAGCGAAUCCGGACCUGAAACAACAGUACAGUGAUUUUAUUCACGAGUACGAAGCCAUGGGACACAUGAAACGGGUUGCCGGCGACACGGCCGGGGGAGAGUUAGCGUAUUACCUGCCACACCACUGCGUCUUGAGGCCGGACAGCACCACUACGAAGCUCCGCGUGGUGUUUGAUGCUUCGUGUCGCACGUCUACCGGAGUUGCUCUGAACGAUGCGCUCAUGGUGGGACCAGUUGUGCAGGACGAUUUACUAGACAUUGCGCUACGCUUUCGACUCCACGCUGUUGCCAUCGUUGCUGACAUCGCCAAGAUGUACCGUAUGAUUCGCGUCCAGCCUGACGACCAGAGACUGCAGAGGAUUGUUUGGAGAGACAAUGUGGACGAACCCAUCCGAAUCUACGAGCUGACCACUGUCACGUACGGAACGGCGUCUGCGCCAUAUUUAGUGACCAAGUGUUUGCAAAAACUCGGUGAGAUUGGAGAAAAGACGCACCCAUCCGCUGCCAAGGUCCUCAAACGUGACUUCUACGUUGACGACAUGUUGGCAGGUGCGCACACGGUCGCUGAAGGAAAAGAGCUAGUCGCCGAAAUGGUCGAUCUGAUGGAAUCUGGCGGAUUCUCGUUGCGAAAAUGGCACUCAAACUCCAGAGACAUCCUGCUUGACGUCCCGGAACAUCUUCGCGACGAACGGACUCUGCUAGAACUGGACACGUCUGACGCAACCGUCAAGACGCUCGGGCUCGUCUGGGAGCCCAGUACGGACUGUUUCCGUUUCAGAUCGCCAAAGUGGAACGACGUUGCCGUGAUCACGAAGCGUGUCGUGGCCUCAGACAUGGCCAUGAUCUUCGACCCGUACGGGUUGAUCGGUCCUGUCGUCGUCCAAGCGAAAAUCUUCGUGCAGAAGCUGUGGCGCAUGGAACUGGACUGGGACGCCGCUCUGCCAGAAGAUCUGCAGGAGUACUGGCGAGAAUAUCGCAGAAAUCUAGCCGGUCUGGACAGCCUGUCGAUACCCCGCUGGAUUGGCACAGGUGCAGAUGACAAGAAUGUGCAGCUUCACGGGUUCUGCGACGCUUCAGUCAACGCUUACGGUGCGUGCAUCUACAUCCGAACCGUUUCGGCCAACGGCGACGUCACCGUCCGCUUACUGGCCUCCAAAUCCCGCAUCGCACCGCUCGAGAACCUGAAGAAGAAGAAGCGUAAGCAGUCGAUUCCCCGCCUGGAGCUGGCGUCCGCUCUGCUGCUGGCGCAUCUGUACGAGAAGGUGGCCAACGCCAUCAACUUCCGAGGCAAAGCGUUCUUCUGGACGGAUUCCAUGAUCGUACGCUGCUGGCUUGCGGCACUGCCGUCCAGAUGGAACCAGUUUGUGGCCAACCGUGUAUCCGAGAUUCAACAUCUGACGGAGAGCGGAUCUUGGGACCAUGUGCCCGGAAUAGAGAACCCAGCUGACAUCAUUUCCCGCGGCAUGACACCGAUGCAGCUGCAGUACUCAAAGCUUUGGUUCAACGGACCCGAUUGGCUGAGUCUCGACCACCAGCACUGGCCGCACGCUCAAGUGCCGAACGCAGCAGACUUCGACCACGAAGAACUGGAGGAACACAACGCUGUCGCUGCAGUUGCACAUGACGCCGAGCCCUGCAGACUGUUUACAGCGAAUUCAUCGUACACUGUGACAAUACGGACGACCGCUGUAAUCUGUCGCUUCUGUUUCAACAGCCGUGCGGCGAACAAACACUGUCGCAGAGUUGGUCCGUUGACGGCUGAAGAGCUCGAGGUCGCUUUGAAGAAGCUGGUGCGACUCGCUCAACGAGAAUGCUUUCCGGAAGAGUACGAUGCUUUGUCCAGAGAUCGCGCGAUUCCAAACAACUCCCGCAUCGCUGCGCUGAACCCAAGAAUCAUCUAUGGAAUCCUGUGCGUCGGCGGCCGGUUGCAGCACGCCGCAGUCUCGGACAACCGGAAGCAUCCGUACAUUCUCGACCAUCGUCAUCCGUUCACGAAGCUUAUCGUCACACACUAUCACGAGACCAUGUUUCACGCUGGACAACAACUGUUGAUCUCUGCUGUGCGUGAGCGAUUCUGGCCGAUCAACAUCCGCAACCUCGUUCGCGAGGUGAUCCACAAGUGUGUCGAUUGCUUCCGUGUCAAGCCGAAGGUUCUGGACCAGCUCAUGGCGGAUUUGCCGCCCGAACGAGUCACUCCAUGCACACCGUUCGCACGAGUCGGAGUUGACUACUGCGGACCUUUCCAGGUCGCGUACCCGCAGCGCCGAGCUCGCCCAGUGAAGUGCUUCGUUGCCAUCUUCGUCUGCCUGGUCACCAAGGCCGUUCACCUAGAACUAGCAGCAGACCUAACGACGCAGGCAUUUCUGGCGGCCCUCAAACGGUUCACUGCCCGGCGUGGCAAACCGAAGCUGGUCAUGUGCGACAAUGCCAAGAACUUCGUCGGUGCAAGACGUGAGCUGAGCGAACUCGCCAAGCUGUUCCUAAGUCAGCAGUUCGAAGAGGAGAUCAUCCGCGAAACAGCGAACGACAGCAUCGAAUUUAAGUUCAUUCCCGCUCGCUCGCCGAACUUCGGCGGCCUCUGGGAGUCCGCGGUGAAGAGCUUCAAGUUGCUGUUCAAACGUACGAUCGGGCUGCACACCCUGCUGUACGACGAGUUCCAGACUGUGCUGGUUCAGAUCGAAGCGAUCCUCAACUCGCGACCGCUCACGCCGCUCAGCAACGACCCCGCAGACUUCGAAGCACUGUCGGCCUGGCAAACCGUCCAGCGGUACACGCAGCAGCUCUGGAAAAAGUGGUCCAACCUCUACCUGUCGGACCUGCACAACAGCACGAAGUGGACAAAGCAAAAAGACAACGUUGCUGUCGGAACCAUGGUCCUGCUGAAGGACGAGAACCUCCCGCCGUUGAAGUGGCAGCUCGGACGCGUUUCCGAUAUCCACCCGGGAGCUGACGGCAAUAUCCGUGUCGUCACGGUGAGCACAAAGGACGGCAGCUAUCAGCGUGCGAUCUCUAAGAUCUGCAUUCUGCCGAUCCGUGACAACCUUUCUACCGCGCAAGGGGAGAACUAG